UCAUUCAUUCUCUCCUGCCCUCUGCAUCGUGCCUGGUGUGCUGGGGGGUACUGGACUUGGGCGGAUCGGAGACAGUGCCAUAAACAGUCACAGUAUAUAGGUUUUGGGAGAGGCUGCCUAUGUACUGAAAAACAUUGGUGUCAUAGCCCAGAGUCCAGGCACUGGUUCUGGGCACUCAGGACGAGCCUGGACUCUACAGUUGCAUGCUGCCCAGGCCUCUGACCUUGACUCUCCAUAGCCUGCAGGCUGGAGUAGGAGCCCAGCAUAGGCUCCCUCUGUGGCACUGUGCACACCGGAUGUUUGCCUCUCAGACGGAGGGGGAGCUCAAAGUGACCCAGGUUCUCAAGGAAAAGUUUCCUCGCGCCACAGUUAUUCAAGUCACAGACAUCUCAGGCACUAAAAGAAGAGAUCAAGGGCAUGCAUGGCCUUCGGAUAUUCACCUCUGUCCCCAAGUGCUGACCGCACCCCGGCUACGUGACUGUUCACGCUUAAGACCUGAGUGCACUUCGCUCACAACGAUAUUUCAGAAAAAUCCCUGCCCACCUCCAAAAAUAUCUUUUUGUUCAUAGACAUUUCUAUAUUAUAAUUAUGGGAGCUGUGUUAUCUAUUUAGAGUUAAUUAAACUUCACAGGUACCUAC